AUGUAUCCUAAAGGAAACCAGAGAGAGGGUCUGUGUCCUAAAGGAAACCAGAGAGAGGGUCUGUGUCCUAAAGGAAACCAGAGAGACGGUCUGUGUCCUAAAGGAAACCAGAGAGAGGGUCUGUGUCCUAAAGGAAACCAGAGAGAGGGUCUGUGUCCUAAAGGAAACCAGAGAGAAGGUCUGUGUCCUAAAGGAAACCAGAGAGAGGGUCUGUGUCCUAAAGGAAACCAGAGAGAGGUUCUGUGUCCUAAAGGAAACCAGAGAGAGGGUCUGUGUCCUAAAGGAAACCAGAGAGAGGGUCUGUGUCCUAAAGGAAACCAGAGAGAGGGUCUGUGUCCUAAAGGAAACCAGAGAGAGGGUCUGUGUCCUAAAGGAAACCAGAGAGAGAAGAAGGAGACCUACCAGAAGGAGACCUACCAGAAGGAGACCUACCAGAAGGAAACCUACCAGAAGGAGACCUACCAGAAGGAGCCCUACCAGAAGGAGCCCUACCAGAAGGAGACCUACCAGAAGGAGACCUACCAGAUUGGAGACCUACCAGAAGGAGACCUACCAGAAGGAGACCUACCAGAAGGAGCCCUACCAGAAGGGGCAAAGAUUGUGAUUAUUUCAAUAUUUUUUUCUGACCCUCUCUCCUCCCUCCCCUCCUCCUCCCUCCCCUCCUCCUCCCUCUCUCCUGUCCUCCUGCUCUCAGCUGGAGAUGGACAGAGUGUACAGAUGGACUCCAUCAAGUCAGGCUUCGUGGGCUCCCAAGUGGAGCUGCGUUGUAUCUUCGUUAACUCCAACCCUCCGGUCAAGAUCUCUCAGGUGACGUGGCAGAAGUUCCUGAACGGCACCAAACAGAACGUGGCCAUCGCCAACCCGUCGCUGGGCGUCUCCGUGCUCGCGCCCUUCAAGGAGAGGGUGACCUUCAAGCAGGCGGCGGUCCGCCACCGCACCCCGUCUCUGGAGGACACCACCAUCAUGUUCUCCAACCUGAGGCUGUCUGAUGAGGCCGCAUACAUCUGCGAGUACACCACCUUCCCUGCUGGGAACCGAGAGAACAUGGUCAACCUCACCGUGUUUGCGCGACCUCUGACCCGAAUGACCUUGACCACACCUACCAUCGUGGCCCGCCCCCAGAAGCGUAAGAUGACCGUGGCGACAUGCCUGUCGGCCAAUGGGAAGCCUCAGAGCGUGAUCAAGUGGGACACGCGGCUGAAGGGCGAGGCCACGUUCCAGGAGACGCAGAACAGCAACGGUACGGUGACCGUCCGCAGUAACUACGUGGUCGUGCCGAGCAGAGAGACACACAAACAGAAACUCACCUGCAUCGUAACCUACCGCAACGAAAGGAUUACCGACAGUGUCGUGCUCAACGUGCAGUAUGAACCGGAGGUGAAGAUCGAUGGUUUUGAUGGUAACUGGUACCUGAACCGUCAGGACGUCAGCCUCACCUGCAGCACCGACGCUAACCCCCCUGUCACCGUCUACCAGUGGAAACUGUUGAAUGGAUCUCUUCCCAGCACCGUGGAGAUUCGUAACAACUCUCUGAUCUUCAAGGGGGCGGUGACCUACGAGCUAGCUGGAACAUACGUGUGUGAUGCCACCAAUGGGAUCGGGACUCGUACAGGUCUGGUCGAGGUCAACGUCACUGGUAGGUUACACACUUCUUCUCUCUGCGCUGGGCUUUUCAGAAUGUGUUUCUGGGCUUUUCAGAAUGUGUUUCUGGGCUUUUCAGAAUGUGUUUCAGAAUGUGUUUCUGGGCUUUUCAGAAUGUGUGUCUGGGCUUUUCAGAAUGUGUUUCAGAAUGUGUUUCUGGGCUUUUCAGAAUGUGUUUCUGGGCUUUUCUGAAUGUGUUUCAGAAUGUGUUUCUGGGCUUUUCUGAAUGUGUUUCUGAAUGUGUUUCUGGGCUUUUCUGAAUGUGUUUCAGAAUGUGUUUCAGAAUGUGUUUCUGGGCUUUUCUGAAUGUGUUUCUGGGCUUUUCAGAAUGUGUUUCUGGGCUUUUCAGAAUGUGUUUCUGAAUAUGUUUCUGGGCUUUUCAGAAUGUGUUUCUGGGCUUUUCAGAAUGUGUUUCUGGGCUUUUCAGAAUGUGUUUCUGAAUAUGUUUCUGGGCUUUUCUGAAUGUGUUUCUGGGCUUUUCAGAAUGUGUUUUUGAGCUUUUCAGAAUGUGUUUUUGAGCUUUUCAGAAUGUGUUUCUGGGCUUUUAAGAAUGUGUUUCUGGGCUUUUCAGAAUGUGUUUCUGGGGUUUUCAGAAUGUGUUUCUGGGCUUUUCAGAAUGUGUUUCUGAAUGUGUUUCUGGGCUUUUCUGAAUGUGUUUCUGAAUGUGUUUCUGGGCUUUUCUGAAUGUGUUUCUGGGCUUUUCAGAAUGUGUUUUUCUGGGCUUUUCAGAAUGUGUUUCUGGGCUUUUCAGAAAGUGUUUCUGAAUGUGUUUCUGGGCUUUUCUGAAUGUGUUUCUGAAUGUGUUUCUGGGCUUUUCUGAAUGUGUUUCUGAAUGUGUUUCUGGGCUUUUCUGAAUGUG